AUGGCGCCGAACACGGGCGGAAAGGCUACGUGGCCUUCAAACCUACAAGGCCGAUUGAGCAAGCAACGCCACGAAAAUAUAUACGCACACACGAAUGCCUUUUUAGCUGUCGCUUUAGAGCUAAAAGCAAUCCAGGAUGGAGCAGGCUCGCACGGCCCGCCAAAGGGCGUGUUCCAGCCCUUCCUGGACGCGGUUAUUGAACUGGUCGGACGGUUCCAGGAGGCUCCCUCAGUGGAGGACCUCACCAAAGACAUCACGGAACUAAAGUCCCUAGUGUCGAAGCAGACAAAAGACCAGUUGCAGCUGGUCAAAUCUGUUAAUGCGCUUGGGAGCCUGCGGACCGGCGCGUUGACGCCCGUGUCAGGACCUCCGUGUUCCUGGCUCGAGGCCGCCCGUCGCGGUGCGGCUCUGGGAACCACUACAACAACAACUUCAGGAUCGUAUGUAUCCAACUGGUUGGGCGCUGCUUAUACCAAGGGAUCUACGGUACCCAGCACGGUCACCAGAACGUCAGGAUCCCCUGCCCCAGUACUGCCCCUAACAGCAGACCUUGAACUGCACGUCCGCAAGACCACCCCCUUAGUGGUUAAUCCCUUUCGGCACAACUACCAGAAGUUAGUCGAUGAGGUGAACAGAUCUAUCGCCGAGAGCGGCGAUAAGAUGAUUAGCCACCGCAAGGUAGUUGCCAGUCGCGUGCUGCCCAGCAGGGAUGUGAUCCUCACGGUCGAUAAUAUGGAAGAUGCUGAAAGACUGCAACGGAGCACGUCCACUUGGCCAAAAGUCUUAGGAUCUAACGCUGUGCUUAAGCGCCGAGGAUAUCCUGUAGCAGUCCACCACCAAUGCCAACCGAUGGCCGCCACACCCACGGAGAUCACCUACGUGGGAUGGGUGCGGCCAUGGAAAACGGUGGUAGGGAGGGACGCCCAGCCAUGCUGGUGGUGGAAUUCGACAACGACCGCGCAGCCAAGUGGUGAUCGUCAAGGACUUAUCCUAGACGGAAAGCAACACGAUGCCACAGCAGCUGCUGCAAUGCUUUGGCUGUCAAGAAUACGACACAUUAUCCAACACUGCAGGAAGGCACUUGCCUGCGCGUACUGCGGCCAGGAACACUCCACGCAGGACUGUGUACACAAAGACCACGACAACCGCAGAAAACAUGCCCACUGCGUCCUCUGUGGAGGCAAACACUAUGCCUUUGACCGCAAAUGCCCUGUUAAACGGCAGCAGAUUAAGAUAAUCCGUCAGAAGAAGGCCACAUGCCCACCCUUUUUCCCCGAAACACCAUGGUCUGGGAUCCCGGUCCCUGCCACAGACAUACCGAUGCAGGAGCCAGAGCUAGAACUAACUAGCUUGGAUGGCUCCCAACACGCGCCCGCUCAGGAGCGAUCACGGUCAACCACGAACAAGAAAGUCACUGCCGCAACACGUAACCCGAGCCGCGAAGCCUCCCGCUCGAAGAGCCGGAGGCCGACACACUCUAAAAGUCACAACCAGGAGCCAAGCUCACGCAACAAGAGCUGGGCCCGGGAUAGAAAUAAACGCAUCCGACGCAACACACUGGACGGCAAGGACAAUGACGAUGUCAUGGCCACAGGCAACUAG